AUGUCGUCAAGCGGUAAUAGUCUUCACGCCAAGCUCGUGUCGCUAGUAAGCCGCGGUCCAGAGCUUACCAGCAUUUUCUUCUUUGCCCCAGUAGAAGAAAAAUGCCACUUGGAGGAGACCCUUGCAUCGGCCACUUGGGGCCUGCCUUUGGUGAUAUGGCGAUCGAAUAGGACUGUGAUCCUAAAUGGAUUUCUCGGCGAGGGACUCUUGGUGCUGGCCUGUCUUCCAGGAUUAAAGUGGAGAGCUCUACUAAGCAGCCUGUCUAGGAGCUUAAAAUACCUAAGACAGGCCAGGGUACUGAUUGAACUUAUGGAGGCCAGGGACGAAUUAUUGGUACAGAAGGUGCUGGAAUUUAGUCUGAGUCAGGAAAUGACUAAUGCCAAUGUUAUUUUCGGUGACUUUGCGGAGACUCAAAGAGUGAGCAGGUUCGAGGCCUUUCCACAGUUCAAAGUGGUGAACUAUUCUUUUACGGAGAAUACCAAAGAGUCUGAUUUGUACCCGGAUAAGAUGUUGGACCUCCGUGGCGGAGUAAUUCGAACCAUGCCGGACUACUCCGAGCCAAACACCAUUCUGUACCAGGACAAGCAGGGCAACAAGCAGAUCCUCGGCUAUUUGUGGGACAUAAUGGAGGCCUAUGCCAAGAAACACAAUGCCCAGUUGCAGGUGGUCAAUAAGUACGCGGAUGGCAGGACCCUGAACUUUAUCGAGUUGCUGGACGUGGCCCGAAGCGUAGCUAUAGACAUUGCUGCCAGCAUUCAACCCAUGUCGAUGGGAGUCCUAGAACGCACUCACGAGAUGUCGUAUCCGGUGAAUCUGGCCAGUUGGUGCACCAUGUUGCCGGUGGAGCGGCACCCGAGGGCCACGGAUCUGAUUGAGAUGAGAAAUGCGCUGAACACCUCCUUUGGAUAUACCGUCACCAGCGAAAAGUGGAAGCUGUACAAUGAGCUGCAGAAGCGCAGCUCGAGGCCUUUGUUCCGUUAUUCGAAGGACCUGUGCUUCUACGAACUGGUGCCUUUUGGCCUGGUCAUUCCGGAGAACUCAGCCCACCGGGCUCCGCUGCACAGAUUCAUCCUGCUGCUGUGGCAGUCGGGAUUGCACGACUUGUGGGUCUCCAGGGGCUUCUCGAAUAUGGUGAAGGCGGGAAAGAUACAUUUCGCUAUCUUCGGGGAGCGUUACCAGGCCCACACGCUUAACAUUACGGAUCUGAGACACGUCCUCAUGGUUUACGGUUCUGGGGUGCUAAUUAGCCUCUUUCUGUUUGCCUGCGAGCUGUCUGUCAGUUGGGUAAGCUAUUGGCUGGGCUUUUAG